AUGGCGACCUACAUGAGGAUGUUAGGAGCGCUGAGACAGUUUCACAGAAGUGGGGUUACCAUAGUUAAAAAUUGCUCGGGCAACACCGGCCAGGUACUGAAUGGUAGUUUUGGAGGAAAUUCAGCCGCUACGUCAAGUAAGGUCACGGAACGCUGUUAUUCCUCCUCAAAUCUUAUAUGUAAACCAUCCUUAUGCAAUGGCUCUCGUAACUCCAACAUCUCAUCAAUGACAGCGGCGGCGGUGCGAUGCGGUGGACCUAACAAAUGGAUAAGGAGUACAAGUGGUUUUGGAUAUACCACGGGGAUUUCUGGACAUGUCGGAGCCUCAGUGGGCUGUCAACAGAGGCGAUACUUUUAUGGAAACAGGGGGAGUGGGUUUUCAGAAGAUGGAGCCGAAAGUAGUGGCGCUGGAGGAGGGGAUGAGUCCAGUGGAGACGGUGGGACAGGUUAUGGUUCUCCCCAAAUGACUGCUUUGACACCCAUGAUGGUUCCAGAGGUCUUUCCUAAUGUACCCCUCAUCGCCGUGAACAGAAACCCAGUUUUUCCUCGAUUCAUCAAGAUUAUUGAGGUAAAAAAUAAAGCUCUGAUGGACCUGCUGAGGCGCAAGGUCAGACUGGCUCAGCCGUAUGCUGGCGUUUUCCUGAAGAAAGAUGACAGCAAUGAGCAAGAUGUUGUGGAGGACUUGGAUGCCAUCUACAACACUGGUACAUUUGUGCAGAUACAUGAGAUGCAGGACCUCGGAGACAAACUUCGCAUGAUUGUCAUGGGGCAUAGACGGAUCCGUAUUAACAAGCAGCUGGAGGUGGAGCCAGACGAACCCCCGUCUCCGGUGGAGUCCGAAGGGGAGGGAGGCCAGCCCAAGCCCCCGCGCCGCAAGCCCAAGCGCCCCCGCAAGGAAGGCAGCUCCCUGGCUGAGGCCAUGGAGGACAGCGUCAAGAACGUGGAUAUGACCGUGGAGCCGGUCACGCUGCCGCCGGCCUCCUCAGACAUCCUCAUGGUGGAGGUGGACAAUGUGCAGCACGAGGAGUUCCAGAUCACAGAGGAAGUCAAGGCAUUAACUGCAGAAAUUGUCAAGACUAUUAGAGACAUCAUCGCCUUGAAUCCUCUGUACAGAGAGUCCGUGCUGCAGAUGAUGCAGGCUGGCCAGCGGGUGGUGGAUAACCCCAUCUACCUCAGCGACAUGGGAGCUGCUCUCACCGGGGCCGAGUCCCACGAGCUUCAGGAUGUCCUGGAGGAGACCAAUAUUCCCAAAAGGUUGUAUAAGGCAUUGUCUUUGCUAAAGAAAGAAUAUGAACUGAGCAAGUUACAACAGCGGCUGGGAAGGGAGGUGGAAGAGAAGAUCAAGCAGACCCACAGGAAGUACCUCCUGCAGGAGCAGCUGAAGAUCAUUAAGAAGGAGCUGGGCCUGGAGAAGGAGGACAAAGACGCCAUUGAGGAGAAGUUUAGGGAGCGACUGAAGGAGAGAGUGGUGCCGCAGCACGUCAUGGACGUCAUCAAUGAAGAACUCAACAAGCUUGGCUUGCUUGAUAAUCAUUCCUCUGAGUUCAAUGUUACGCGUAACUAUUUGGACUGGCUGACCUCCAUGCCCUGGGGAACUAACAGCACUGAGAACCUGGAGCUGGGCCGAGCCAAAGAGGUGCUGGAGGAGGAUCAUUAUGGGAUGGAUGAUGUCAAGAAGCGUAUUCUGGAAUUCAUUGCGGUGAGCCAGUUGCGGGGCAGCACCCAGGGCAAGAUCCUGUGUUUCUACGGCCCCCCGGGUGUAGGGAAGACCAGUAUCGCCCGCUCCAUCGCACGGGCACUCAACAGGGAAUAUUUCCGUUUCAGUGUUGGCGGUAUGACUGAUGUUGCUGAAAUUAAAGGUCACAGGAGGACAUAUGUCGGUGCUAUGCCAGGCAAAAUCAUACAGUGUUUGAAGAAGACGAAAACUGAAAACCCUCUGGUGCUAAUUGAUGAGGUUGACAAAAUUGGACGAGGUUACCAAGGCGACCCCUCCUCUGCGCUUCUGGAACUUCUGGACCCAGAGCAAAAUGCAAACUUCCUGGACCAUUACCUUGAUGUGCCUGUGGACUUGUCCAAGGUUUUGUUUAUUUGUACCGCCAAUGUGACUGACACCAUUCCAGAGCCCUUGAGAGAUCGCAUGGAAAUGAUAAAUGUGUCUGGAUACGUAGCUCAGGAGAAACUAGCCAUUGCAGAGAAAUAUCUAGUGCCUCAACUACGAAUUCUGUGUGGACUGGAUGAGGAGAAGACUGAGAUCUCAUCGGAUGCUUUGAGUGUUCUCAUUAGGCAGUAUUGUAGAGAGAGUGGAGUAAGGAACCUUCAGAAGCAAGUGGAGAAGGUUUUCCGCAAAGUAGCAUUCCGUAUUGUGAAUGGAGAGGAGACCUCAGUGAAGGUCACGCCUGACAACCUGCAGGACUACGUUGGGAAGCCCAUCUUCACUGUGGAUCGCAUGUACGACGUCACACCCCCAGGUGUUGUCAUGGGAUUAGCUUGGACAGCUAUGGGUGGCUCUACACUCUUUAUCGAGACCUCUCUAAGGCGGCCUAGAGACCGCUCGGCUAAAGACGGACCAAGUGAGGGAUCGCUGGAGGUGACGGGCCAGCUAGGAGAUGUGAUGAAGGAGAGCGCCAAAAUUGCCUACACCUUCGCCCGGGCCUUCCUCAUGAAGCAGCAGCCAGACAACGACUUCCUAGUCGGCUCUCACUUACACCUGCACGUCCCAGAGGGAGCAACUCCUAAAGACGGGCCCAGUGCUGGUUGCACCAUAGUGACGGCUCUGCUGUCCCUGGCCUCUGACACGCCAGCACGUCAGAACAUUGCCAUGACGGGAGAGCUGUCCCUGACUGGCAAAAUCCUCCCCGUGGGGGGAAUCAAGGAGAAGACCAUUGCUGCCAAGAGGGCUGGUGUGACUUGCAUCAUACUGCCAGAGGAAAACAAAAAGGACUUCUCCGACCUUCCCGACUACAUCACUGAAGGCCUGGAGGUGCAUUUUGUUCAACACUAUGAGCAGAUUUACAAGAUUGUUUUCCCUGUCCAUGAACAGUCCAACUGAAGCACCGAACUGGCUGUAGCCACAGAUUUCUUUUUUUUAUAUCCAAUGAAAAGAUGCCAUGGCGUACCCCCUUGAGGUCAAUGAUUGCAGUUAGCUGAUGGCUAGACGCUGCCGUCAUGAGUUUGUUUUGAGGAGUGUUUCUAAAGGAUGCCACCAGGUGUGAGGACAUGCAUAGGCCAUAGGGGAAUAGGUUGGCAGCUCAUCUAUUCAAAUUCUUUAAGAUCCUCAUGCGACAGUCAGCUGGAUCAUGUUAUUGCUGCCGCGCAGCCUCAACAAAGUCUUUUUUUAUUUACAGAUGUUGCAUAUAAUAAUGGAACCAAAUCGAUAUUGCUGAUUCUUUGAAUUGUUGAAAUGUUACAUUGACUUCGGAGUUAAAGCACUAAUUUAAAGAAAUGAAA